CUGCCUGAGCGUGCGGGCAGUUCGGGGUGGGCUGCUUCGCCCUAGCGCUGCCCGCACCCCAGCCCGGCGCCGCCGCCGGGCCCCAUGGAGGCGACGCGGAGCUGCAACGGGUACGCGCGGCAGGAGCGGCCGCCGCCGCCCUCCUCCGCCCCGCCGCCGGGUGCCGAGAGGCCGCGCGUCCGCCCCGGUCGCGGCGGCAGCAGCGCGGAGAGCUGGCGGGACGGGCGGCCCCGCAGCGAGGAGGACAACGAGCUGAGCCUGCCCGGCCUGGCGGCCGCCUACACCACCAUCCUGCGCUCGCUGGGCGAGGAUCCCGAGCGGCAGGGGCUGCUGAAGACGCCAUGGAGAGCGGCCACCGCCAUGCAGUUCUUCACCAAGGGCUACCAGGAGACCAUCGCGGAUGUUCUGAAUGAUGCCAUCUUUGAUGAAGACCACGAUGAGAUGGUAAUUGUGAAGGACAUAGACAUGUUCUCAUUGUGUGAGCAUCACCUCGUUCCAUUUGUUGGAAAGGUACAUAUUGGCUAUCUUCCUAACAAGCAGGUACUCGGCCUCAGCAAGCUUGCUAGGAUUGUGGAAAUAUACAGCAGAAGAUUACAAGUCCAGGAGCGCCUUACCAAGCAAAUUGCCGUAGCCAUCACAGAAGCCUUACAGCCUGCCGGGGUCGGAGUGGUUAUUGAAGCCACGCACAUGUGCAUGGUGAUGCGUGGGGUGCAGAAAAUGAACAGUAAAACAGUGACCAGCACAAUGCUGGGGGUGUUCCGCGAAGAUCCAAAGACCCGCGAAGAGUUCUUGACCCUCAUCAGGAGCUGAAACCCUUCUCCUCCGGAUGCACUCUGCAGAUCUGUCCUGUCCAGUGUCACUGUCUGUUCUUACUCCUUCCUACGUCUCACUUUUAAACCAAGUUGCUGUGAGUUGUUGUAGUCCUUUCUGUGCAGUGAAAGAUUGCCGGCGGCAGGUGAGGAAUGUACCGCUGAGGUGAGCUCCUCCUGGGACUUCCAGCGAUGCUGAUGCCACUGAAGUCCUGGCUGAGAAAGGGAGUUUGGAACGGCUUGCUUUUCCAUCUGCAGUGCUGUCACAGAAGGGAGGCUUGGGGGUGAAAUGGGUAUUAAUGAACUUGUUUUAUGUUUAUUGGAGCAAAUGUGGAGCAGCACAGGAAAUGAUGGAAAGGCUCUGGAUCCUCUGUGCAAAUGCUGUACCUCUGCUGCAAGAGAUGGUCCUUAACUGUCUGUGUUUUAUGAGGAGUCCUGCAGUGGCUGUUUCAGUGUCGUGAUUUGUGUGUGUGGCUGUUUCAGUGUCUUGAUUUGAUCACUGUACCUCUCCCAGCUGUUACCUCUGGUGUUUUGUAUUGCCUACAAAUAUUAACCCUUCUCUUUCUGUAUGUUGUUCUUUGGAGCAAUUUUAAACACAUUUUUUUCCCCCUCUAUCCUCUUAGCCAGCAGGGAAAUAACUUCUAAAAUUGAGGCACAGUCUUAUCUCAGUGUAGAGGUUUUUAUGCACCCUUUUCUCUGUGCCUCAGAUGUCUGACCACUUCAACUGUAAUUUUCUUGCUAAUUUUAAGUGGAGUUUGACAGGGGGAGAGCUAAACAUCCCAGAGUCUGCCUGCAAAGUGCUAAGAUCCAAAGAGGUUUUAAACCAUAUUUAUACCUUGA